GAAGCAUGACUCAUCUAAACUAACCAUAACCACCAAAUCCUCUAUUCCUUCUUCUCCACCUUGAUAAACACACACACUCUGCAAAAGAUUAAAAAUAAAAUUUAACAAUGGUUGCAAGUUCAAUCUCUAUGCUAAUAUCUUCAACCCCAUCUUCUUCCUCUUGUUCAAUUUACUCACAUCCACCUUCAAUUCUUGGGUUUUCAAGGUAUUAUAGACCAAACCCUAGAACCCCAAUUCAAUCUUUUAGUAAAGCAGCUGCUGCUUUUGGCUCAGAUGGGUCUGAAGCUGAGCAGUUCUCGGAGAACAAUACAAUUGCAGAUUUCAUGAGGUUCAAGAAUGGCUCUGGCAAUUCUCAGUUACAGACUGCUGUUGUUAGUUAUCGAAAGAAGUUCCCUUGGUCUAUUCUUCAGCCUUUUCUUCAGGUUGAUUUAGUAUCCACUAUUCACAUUGCUGACAAGGAGUACUUUGAUAUCCUGCAGAAGGAACUUGAGCCCUAUGAUUGUGUCCUCUAUGAGAUGGUUACGAGCAGGGAGAGUUUAGAUAACAAAAGAAAACUUGUUGCUACAAAAAAGCUUAAGAGUUCGCGUUCUGCGGGAUUUAAUAUACUAGGAUGCAUUCAGCGACAGAUGGCUAGAUUUCUGACACUUGACUUCCAAUUAGAUUGUCUUGACUACCAGGGAGACAAUUGGAUCCACGCUGACCUUGAUUUUGAAACCUUCAAGUUACUUCAGGAAGAAAAAGGUGAGAGUAUCUUUUCAUUUGCAAGAGAUAUGACUAUUAGAUCAACCAAAGCACUAGUGCAAACAGCUGCAAUCCCUGAAGAUUUAGGUCCUUGGAGAUCCAAACUUCUGUGGGCUUCUCGUGUGCUUCCAAUGCCACUUGUUGGCAUUCUUAUUAUCGGAGGCCUUUGUGCUGAUGUUGGAAGUCAAGCAAGAGAAUAUCCUGAAGUAGAAGCACUGUCAAGGCUUGAUUUUGGAGGUGCAAUGAAGGUCUUCCUAGCCAAGAGGCUAACUUCAGAGUUCACCCAGGCAACAGCAGACGUAGAGGAAAAAUCCGUAAUUAUUGGUGAGAGGAAUAGGGCUGCAACGGAGGCACUACAAAGAGCAAUCGAUGAAGGGCACAAUAAGAUUGCCAUACUUUACGGGGGAGGACACAUGCCAGACUUGGGUAGACGGUUAAGAAAUGAGUUUAAUCUUUUUCCUUCAGGGGUGCAGUGGGUAACAGCUUGGUCAAUAACAAGCCGCAACAUAGCCAGUAGUUCCCUCCCAUUUUUGACAAAUUUGGCAGAAACUUUGGGGUGGCCAUUAAACCGGUACCAGACCUUGGCACUUUUGAUAUUCUCCUCUUUUCUUGCGCUUGAUCUCUGGUUUUGGGAGCUCUUUUUCGGCACCUCUGUGAAUUGGCUUUCAAAUAUCAGCUCAGAAAUUGUUCAAUAUGUUGAUAGUGCUAGGUGAUUGACAAUUACAGCUUGUCCAUGUUUAUAGUGAAAUUGAUGCAGAGCCUUGUAAAUGUUACACAGUCAUGUCUUAUCCAAGCAGGAAAACUGGAGAAGUGCUUCAUUCAAAUGUAAUUUAGUGAUAUAUAUGAAACCACAAUUUAUUAUCA